CCGAGGAUGGUGACAACACGCAGUGGACGCAGCCCCGUGGCGGCUGCCAAGAGCCCCGCCAAGGCGACGACCCCGCGCAAGAAGGCUGCCAAGAAGUCGGCCACGGCGCCAGCGGCCGCGACAGGCGACGACCUUGAGCUCGUGCAUGUGAUGCUGCUCUUCCGGCACGGCGACCGCUCCCCCAUCACGACGCAGGUCGGCGAGCACCUCGUCAUGGACGCCGCUGAGAAGGAGUUUUGGAUCUCCAAGCUGCCGACGGACGACACGAUUGCCCGACUCGGCCGUAUCGCCAAGGUCGUGGGCAUGGAAACCCACCUGCCGCCGCCCAAGGACCCGCGCGAUGGCGGCGUGUACCCCAACGGCCAGCUCACGCAGUGGGGCUUGGACCAAAUGGAGGCCAAAGGCCGCAAGAUGCGGGAACAGUACGCGCAUUUUCUCGACGCAAUCGCGCCGAACGACGUGUACAUUCGGUCGACGAACGUGCGCCGAACGAUCCGGUCGUGCCAGAGUCUUCUCCACGGCCUCUUGCCCGAGUUCGUGCCGACGUCCGAAGACGACGCGGCCAAGCUCUUUAUCCGGACUGCGCAAGUCGUGUCGCUCGAGCCCACGUACACGCAGGCCGAGUACGGCACGCUCCUCGCCCGCUACAAGGACCCAGCGUUCGCCGCCACGCUCGCGCCGAUCCCAAGUCACAUUGGCGACACCGCGGCACUCGAUGCUGACGUCCGCCGCAUCAUUGGCAUUGCGCCGUCGGACCACAUUUGCUACACGUCGCUGCGCGAGGUGCUCGUGUGUCGCAACGCCCAUACAGUACCGUUUCCGAAUGAAAUGCCCAAGGAGAUUUACGACAAAAUCGUCGACUACAACACGUGGGAGUUCCACGCGCUCUUUGGCCACGCUGGCGACUGCUAUCGCGGGUUUAGCCGUGGCAUGCGCGAGUUUGCCGAUUUGGUAGCCGCCGUGACGCGCGAGGCUACCAAGACGCACAAGCUGACGCUGCUCGCAGUGCACGACAGCUCGCUGAUUGCCUUUUGGAACGCGCUUGCCCUCCGCGUCGGGAACGUGUUCCCGCUCUAUGCGGCGACCACCGCGGUUGAGAUCUACAAGAAGCCGAGCACGAACGAGCUCUUCGUGCAAGUCAACUUGGAUGGUGACCGCGUCGUGCCGUUCACUGGCCACGAGACGACGCCGAUGGUCCCACUCGCGCAUCUCGAGGCGACGCUUGCGACCUUUUUGGCGCAAGGCGAUGACGACAAGAAGAGCACCGAUGCACCGCCCGCCAAGAAGGCCAAGAUCAACGCCUAGAUACAUAUAUAGUACCAACAUAAUGUCUUGCAUGGGUGCUUGUCGCUGG